AUGGCCCCGGCAGCAGCGGGGCUGGGCCUGUACCCUUUUGCCAGGCCCACCAGACAAAGCCCGGCCCUGAACACUAGCUGUGGACUGCCUGGGGGACCUGGACCAGGGCUGCUGGGAGAGCAGCAGAGGCUGCUGGGCAAGAAAAAGUUAAAAAGAAAGAAAGCUAAAGCAGCCAUUAAGAUCCAGGCCUGGUGGCGUGGCACCCUGGUGCGCAGGACACUGCUACACGCAGCCCUCAGAGCCUGGAUCAUCCAGUGCUGGUGGCGGUUGACACUCAGGAGGGUCCUGGAGAAGAAACGCAGGAAAGCACUGAUUGACUACUCACAGAGAGAGCGAGCGGUGGUCAAGCUCCAGUCCCUGAUUCGGAUGUGGCGCAUCUACUGGCGGUACUGCCAAGUCCUCAGUGCGAUCUACAUCAUCCAGGCCCACUGGAAAUACCACAACUGCCAGUCUUGCUCCUUCUUGCGGGGUCACUGUGUGAUCACUACCACUCACCUGCAGUUCCAUAUUGAGAUCAUUGACCACUGAGGACUGGCUAGAAA